UUGAAUGGUUUGAACUUUGCAAUAAGAUACAAAUAGUUCCAUUCCAUCGGUUUGUUAUCCAUCCAUUCCGGCCACGGUUUACGAUAAACUUUGGCGUUGCUUACCGGCUCGCCUUCCCCAUUUGUGGGAAGGGCGGGCCUUGUAUACACUGCAGCCUGCUACAGGGAUACCAAGAUGGAAAUCCAGGGGCUUUCUGAUGCCCAAAACAUUUACUAUCAACAUGGCGCCCCACGUAGAACAGGCUCGUCUCAGUUUAGGACAACGACACUUUCUCGUUCCAUUUCGAACGAGAACGAAGCAGAGGAGAAUUUGGAAUCGCACGAACUGCAAAGCAACAACAACAAUAGGCAGAGGACAUCUCCAUUUCGCCUGCUGGUAGAAAAUGGCAGCGGUGUUUGCCUGCCCGUCUGCAAGCAGAACGGUAAAAAUAAUAGCCCUCUUCAAGCCCAAACAGCGAGUGUGGGACUCCGUAACGUGAAUACUUUGAAAGAAAGGGAGCUAAACACACAACUGCCUCCACAAGAUUUGAGGACGGGUUACAAAUAUGAUGUUGAAAGUGGGGAUAGCAUAUUGCAAAUGGCGUUGCCUUUCUUUGAGGGGGAAGAGGAACAUUCGCAGCAACUGCAAACUGCGGUUUUACGGCAGCAACAUGAAGACGGCGCCUCCCUGUUGCAGUCAUUGGCGAGCGAGAGCACGGCGGCCUACAGGAGCAACACCACGGUUAGCGGGAAUAAAAACACCGAGGGAUUGUAUGUGGUUUUCAACAUUGUCCAAGAGGAUGGAAAUGACACAAAUAAAGACAGACUGGGGAAUCCAUCCAAAGAUGGAGAUACAAUAAUCGGUAAGAAGCCUGAAGAUUCCAAAAUCAUUCCAUGUAAUUCGAUGGAGGUUCAAAACACCAAUGCCCUUAUUGAAUCAGACGAGAAUUAUAACAAUUUAGCAGGCAGGGCCUUGAAAAUAACUGCUCCUCGGUGUAGUGCAUUAAUUUCAAGUUCAAAUAGUGAGGGUGAGGCAACUGUACGGAAUGAAAAACAGUCUAUGUGUUAUGAAACGGAGAAUGAAAACGCUGUUUUGACAAACGAAUAUGGCGAUAACAUAUGCGGCCACAUUGACAACAUUGACAGUGGCGCGGCAGACGAAUUACUUUCUCAGCCCGAAGCUAAAGAACGCAGUGCCUUGAUUUCAGAAAACACCUAUAUCGUGGAAAUGAGCGACACGAUGGACACUUCCGACUUCAUUUCCGACCCUGGAACGAGCCUCUCUGCUACCGCCAAUGCAGAUGGGGCCUCUGCCAACGAGACUUUCUCUGGAACCAUCAUGAUAAACAACCAAAGCAUCAUAGUAACCAUAGAAAACGGGAUACUGACUCUAGCAGCACCUCCAGAGGGUUACACCCACAAAGAUGACGGAAUGGUCGGCUUGAAGGAACACCUUGGAAUGAAAGACAAUGAGGACAUAGUGCUUCUCAACUAUGACAGCGGGACCAAAUCCAUUGGGAAAAUAAGCAACGUGGCAGUUAUUCGGACUGGUCACCACGAAGAGCCUAGGCUUGGCAUGUCCGCAAGCGACUCCGAACUGGCUCUGGCUGACCACUGUUCAUUGUCAGAGUUUGGCGCCUCUCUGGACUCGUGCCCAGUCAUCAAGCAGGAGAGUGGGACACUGUGUGCCAUAAGCGAGGGUGACUUGGUGUCCCUGCGCCCAGAGGGUUCUUUCGUCGACUGUGUCGACAACGACGACUUCCAUCCUGUCAGCUUCAUCGGUGCUUCAGGACUCUCCAAGAAAGGUGCCUUAGUCACAACGUACCGCUGCCCCCAGCCUGGCUGCCUCAGCACCUUCGACGCGCGCCAAAAGGUCAAGAUGCACCUUCUCAACCACACUGAGGACCAGAGGCCCUUCAAAUGCACCUUUGAGGGUUGCAGCUGGGCCUUCACCACCUCCUACAAGCUCAAACGCCACCUCCAGUCUCACGACAAGGUGCGGCCACACAAGUGCGAGUGGGAGGGCUGCGGCCGCCGCUUCACCACGGUCUACAACCUGAAGGCGCACGUGAAGCAGCACGACCAAGAGAACUCCUUCGUGUGCGAAAUCUGCAGUGAGCGCUUCCGCAGUGCCACCCGGCUGACCAAUCACCAGCGGGCCCAUUUUGAACCCGAGAGGCCGCACAAGUGCGAGUUUCCAGGUUGUGAGAAGACCUUCAUCACCUACAGUGCCCUGUUCUCCCACAACCGCACACACUUCCGCGAGACGGGCCAGUUUACCUGCACCUAUCCAGGCUGUGACAAGCGCUAUGACAAGGCCUGCCGCCUCAAGAUCCACAUGCGCAGCCAUACAGGCGAGAGGCCAUUCAUCUGCGAUUCAGAGGCCUGUGGCUGGUCCUUCACCAGCAUGUCCAAGUUACUUAGGCACAAAAGGAAGCAUGAUGACGACAGGCGCUUCACCUGCCCAGAGGAGGGCUGUGGAAAGUCCUUCACCCGGGCAGAGCACCUCAAGGGCCACAGCAUCACCCACCUGGGCACCAAGCCCUUUGAGUGCCACGUAGACGGCUGCAGUGCCAAGUUCUCAGCACGGAGCAGCCUGUAUAUCCACUCGAAGAAGCACAAGCAAGACGCGGGCAGCCUGAGGACGUGUUGCCCCGUGGCCAACUGCAGCAAGCACUUUUCCUCCCGCAGUAGCCUCAAGAGCCACAUGCUCAAACACCACCACCUCAGCCCUGACGUGCUAAGCCAGCUGGAGGCCACACCCACGCUAACCCCCAGCAGCGAGCUGGUCAGCGGAGCCACUGCCACAGGAACUGGUUCGGGAGUCACCGGAAGCGACCAGCUUGCCAACCUGGACCUCAGCUCCCUGUUCUCUGCUGUGCUUGGGGGUCCUGCGCCCACCACCCACGGGGUCGGGGUGCCCGUGGGCAGCGCAGGGCCAGCAGGCUCCUUCGCCAUGGACUUGUCCCUGGUCAGCUCAGGCAUCCUCACCAUCGACCCAGCCUCUGUUGGCACCGCCCUGGGCACGUCCGGGCACGGUGCUACCAUGGCCAAAGCCAGCGUGGACCCGCUAAUACUGGCGGCAGGGGCGGACAUGGGCCACCUGGAGGGGACAGUUGGAGUACUCCCCCCGCAGGGCACACUCAACCUGGACGAUGUGCAGACAGUCACCCCCGAAGCCCUCAGCUCCCUUACGGCCCUCACCAUGCAGGCUGCCACAUCCACCGCAGACCACCAUACACUCACACACACCCUCAGUUCCUCUAGCACAUUGGCUGCCGAGCCCUCACCCCUGGCUGUGCCCCCUGGGCCCAAGCUCCUCUCAUCGCCCUCUAAGGUGACUGAGGCUGGAGGGAGCAGGGGUGGCAGCGGGCCUCUCUUGGGCUGUGUGGAGGUGCUGGGGCAGCAGGAGGGGGGCAAGGUGCUGACCCAGUUUGUGUUCCCUGGCAGUGGCUGCACGUUCAGCCCACAGAAAGAGCCUGAGCUCAGCCACAGCUCGGCAGUCUCGCCCUGCUCCUUCCUGGAAAGUAGUGGCUCAGCGCGGACUGACUACAGAGCUAUCCAGCUGGCCAAGAAGAGGAAACAGAGAGGCCCCACCGCCUGCUCAGGGAGCUCAGGAUUGGGUCAGAGGAAGAGUAAAGGAGGGAAGGCCAGCAGUGCCUCAGCGCCAUUGGUUCCCACAAGCGCCCGUUUUGGGGAAGGUUCUGCAACUGCCAAUGGGGGGCUGACUAUCCGUGACCCUGUCACCGGAGCCCAGUAUGUGCAGAUCCAACUCUUGCAGGACGACCCUCCCAGCGACGGGGAUCUCGCCUUCCAGCUGAGCUCCCAGCCCUCCAGCUCCCACUCCCAACUCACCGUGGACCUUCCCGUCAACAUCCUGCAGGAACCUCCUGCUUUGACCGAGGAUGACAAUGGCUCGGACAACUCCCAGUUCACAGGAAGCACCAUCAACCUGCAGGACCUGGAGUGAGUAGAAGGGAGGAGAUGGUCAGCCCAGAGCCAGGGAUCAAUGUCCUCUGAGAAAGAUGAGGGCUAGUGGGGCGCUAGAUAAAAUGGUGGAUAAUUGGGAGGCAGUGUUUUAACACAAGACUGCCAACUCAAUAGAGAAAACAACCUCACUCUCUCCAACAAUGUUAUGAGACUGAUGUUAAAACAACAUAUUCCCCUACAAGAAGAUGGUUUCUUAAUCUUUCCUGCAUUCAAUGUUUCUGAUUAUCUCUGGUGUGGGGAAAUGCGAGAUGAGAAAGUUCUGUAUAUCUGGGGUGUGGAUGAAGUGGAACCCAGAACCAAAUGCAUCUUGGGAUGAAUUGAAUCAUAACUAAGGGAAAGUUACAUUUGGGGACUUUAUUUCUCUCACUUUAUACUGUGUUUCAGAAAUCCUGUUUUGUACCACAAUCAUUAUUGCGAGAGACUGUUGUGUUAUUGCACAUCCAGUACAUCCCUCGUGUCUCUUGUCAAACUGACGUUUUGUCAGUCGCCGCUACGGUGCCAUAUUCUAGACACUCGUUCGCAGUGUGCUGUUGUCAGAGCUUCUGUCUAGGAGGCCUUAUAGACAUGACAUACUUUACUCCCAGAACCAUUGAGCAUAUGCUUUUUGUUAGACUUUUAUUUUGUUCUUACUAUUUUCUUUUGGGGGGGGGGGGGGUAGAUUUAUUUUUCUACUGCUGUGUCUUAUAUGAACUACGGUUGAGUGAGACUUGCGCGGUCCUUGUUGAAAACAUGUUGCCGGUCCACUUGUUUAUAAUGUCUAAUGCUUAUCAAUAUGUCAGGACUUCCAUCUACUUGUUAUUUAUUAUCUUUGGUUUACCAAAUGGCUGAAUCCAAACGCCAAGAGUUUGAAUAAAAGGAUCAAAGCACAAUUAUA